AACAAGUUCUAAUCUUACGGAAGAAUACUGAAAAAUAAGAAGGCGUUUAAGUUCACUGAAAAAAAGUAGGGAAAAAACUUCCUCGGAGUAAAAGAAAAAGAAUAGGCGAAAGAAAAAAAAAAAAAAAAAAAAAAAAAAAAAAAAAAAAACGAAAAAAGCCGCUACUGGCGCUGCCUUCUCUCAUCGAAGAUGUACUGCCGCUAGGGAGCUAUGGAUUCGCUCCAACAGCAGACGAAGUUUCGCCUUCAAGCGCGUUCCUAAUUCUGCACUCAUUCAGCUCGCUUGACCACUUCGUGCAAAGUUUUUCCAAUCUUAUUUAUUUUCCACAACUUAUUAUUUAUUUGCCGGUGUUUCGUUAUAUAUUCUCAGCAUUCGAUUCUGUGACUUGACUGUUAUUAUAAAAACAUAUACAUAUAUUUUUUAUUAUUAUUUCUUGCACUUCCAUCGAACUCUAACCUGACCACUUCGUGCAAAUUUUUUUUUUUAUGUCUCAGUGUGAGUGUAUUCGGUCGCUUAAUUCUUAUUUAUACCACAGUUCUUGUGAUUUUUUUUUUUUUUUUUUUUUUUUUUUUCGGUAAUAACUUUGCGUGCAAGUGUGUGUGCAUGAAAGACUGAGUCAUCUCUUCUGGCAGACGAUUUUUUUCUUCUGGGAAAGGACCUAAGAGUAGGGAAGGCAUGGAACUACCUGCGGCAGCUUUCGCGACGAUCGUUUUCGCUUGCUCCGUAGUUUACGGUAGCCUACUCAGGAACCGAAGACAAGCGGAGUUCCUGACCAAUGAACUUUUCAACUAUGAUUUAGUUAAACCCGUCAAGGUAACAUCAGACGGACAUUUUCUUUCCCAUGAUGUGAGACACUAUGCGCAAUCACAUAGAGGUUCCCGUUAUGCAAGGUCUGUGGAAGAAGACCGUGUCCACUUUGAAGUGCAUAUUGAGGGCAAGCGAGCUGUAUUGCAGAUGAGGCCUAACCACAGGUUCAUCAGUCCUGGUAUGGUUGUGGAAAGAAAGGGUAAAAUGGCCCGUAUCGGGCUGUCCAAUCAUACAAAAGGACACUGCUUCUUCCAGGGUAACAUUGUUGGAAAUGGUACAUAUUCUCAUGCCGCUUUGUCAACAUGCGAUGGCCUGACAGGUCUGAUCAGAACAGAAAACCAGGAAUAUUUCAUAGAACCGUAUCAUGGACACCAAGGUAGCCCUUCUGCUGGACAGACGCACGUACUGUACAAAAGAUCUGCUCUGAAAAGCUUAAAAACUGGAAACGAAGGCACUUGUGGAAAUGUAGACAAAACUGUUUACCCAAUGAAGGACAGGGGAUCAAAUCAGGAUGCCUCUCCUGGGAGCAUAAGAAGAAGUAAAAGAUCGGUGAGCACAGAAAGGAAUGUCGAGACUUUAGUAGUAGCUGAUAAAAUGAUGGUGGAUUAUUAUUCUGAAGAAGAUAUAGAAAUCUACAUACUCACUGUUAUGAACAUGGUAUCUUCUUUGUAUCACGAUGCGAGCAUUGGCAAUGCCAUUAACAUUGUUCUAGUCAGACUAAUACUUUUGGAAACAGAAGAUCAAGAGCGUACAGAGGAGCUGAGCAUCAGUCAGCACGCAGAUGACACCUUACGCAGUUUCUGUCGGUGGCAAAAGUUCGUAAAUCCAAAGGACGAUACCCACCCCAACCAUCAUGAUGUGGCAGUCUUACUCACCAGAUACAAUAUUUGCACAAAAACCAACGAGCCAUGCAGUACGUUGGGUCUAGCAGAAGUUGCAGGGAUGUGCCAACCGCACCGAAGCUGCAAUGUUAAUGAAGACACUGGGUUAGCAUUGGCGUACACAGUGGCUCACGAAAUGGGACACAAUUUCGGAAUGGCGCAUGAUGGUCCCCAUAACGGAUGCCAAGCACCUUUUGGAGAACGUCAGCAUGUUAUGUCUCCACAUCUAAAUUCUGAUGCUAGUCCAUUAGUCUGGUCUAACUGCAGCAGGAACGAGAUCACGAAGUUCCUCGACCGAGACUGGGGUAAUUGCCUGGAUGAUGAGCCUUCGGAUCAUGAGUUCCUUUUCCCCGAGCUUCCUCCUGGUGCCAUGUAUGAUGCUGACCAUCAGUGCCGUCUGCAGUAUGGACCUGAUGCUGAGCACUGUGAAGGGAUUGAGGAUGUAUGCCAGACGCUUUGGUGUCGACAAGACAAUAAAUGUGUUACUCGCUUAGAACCUGCUGCAGAAGGAACGCUCUGCGAUAGAAACAUGUGGUGUCAAAUGGGACGCUGUACCGAAAUCGGAGAAAGACCCGAAGCCAUUGACGGCGAAUGGGGAGAGUGGGGGCCAUGGUCCCAGUGUUCCAGGUCCUGUGGAGCUGGAGUCAGCCUAUCGCAAAGACACUGCGAUAACCCAAUGCCUGCAGAAGGUGGUCGUUACUGCAUAGGUGAAAGAAAGAGGUACAAAAUCUGCAAUAAUCAACCCUGCCCAGAAAAUGUUCCCAGUUUUCGAGCUGUACAGUGUAGUGCUUAUGAUGACGUGCCCUACAAGGAAGAGCUCCACACUUGGCUGCCGGUUGCCACUCCAAUGACUCCUUGUCAACUUCAUUGCAAACCCGAUGGCAAAUUUUUCUCCGUAAUGCUGUCCGAUACGGUUGCAGAUGGCACCGAAUGUAAUCCCGGCACCAGAGAUGUUUGCAUCAAUGGAAAAUGCAGACAUGUAGCCUGCGACUGGGCCAUAGAUUCAGAAGCUCAAGAGGACCGUUGCGGCUUGUGUCAUGGAGACGGUACACAGUGUGUCACAGUCCGUGGCAACUUCACUCAAAGGUUGGGAAUAGGUAGGAUCAAAUCCCCAAAACCUCCAUCCUCAAUUAACUGGUGGACUCCUUCUUUGAAGGCGCAAAGGAACAAAGUCCGAGCUCUGAGAAGAAGGUCGCAAAGGGAAAAGGAUCCCACUCGUAAACUCUCCCAGAAGAUAAGUUUUAGGAAAGAACUAGCGAAAUUCAAAGAGAAUAUUUUAAAAGCUAAAGCAGCGUCUUGGAAAACUUUCUGUGCUGAUAUUAAGAAUGUUUAUGUCAUAACUCAAAAGAUCGCCAGUGAUAAGGUUUUCCGACCGCUUCAAAUACCUGCCGAAGUGGCUACUGACUGUCCAACUCUAGGCGAUAAAGUCAAAGAGAUACUAAAAGCGAUGUUUCCACCAGACUCAGAAGAUGAUGACUCGUUGCAACAACAAGAAAUAAGGGAAAAGUUCAACAACAAAAAUUGGAACACAAAGACACGAGACAAUGCAAUGUUUACCCUCGAAGAAAUGGACCCCAAAAUAAGAAGCCUACCAGCGAAGAAAGCUCCGGGGCCAGAUGGACUAGAUAAUGCGAUUCUAAAGGCCAUCCAAAAAAAAAAACACCCAAGGCUCCUACAGGCACACUGUAAUGCUUGCUGGACACUGAAUGCAUUUCCCAGACAGAUGAAAAUAGCAGAGGUCGCACUUUUUAAUAAAAAAAGGGAACGAUCCAGGCAAUCUAUCAUCCUAUCGCCCAGUAAGGCUCCUGCCUUCCAUCAGCAAACUCCUAGAGAAACUGCUACUAAAGAGACUAAAUUUUUACUUAGAGAAAGGAAGAAUUUUAAGUAA